AUGGCCGAAGACACCCACACCCUGAAAGCAACUUGCCAUUGCGGCAAUGCAAAACAUGCAAUCAGUGUCGAGCGUGAUCAACUGCCACUGAAGAGUGACAUGUGCCAUUGCACUUCGUGCAGGCAUACCACAGGUCUUCUAGGCUUCGCCGCGGCCACACUCCCGGACAACUACGAGCCAGAUCAAUUACUGCUGGACAAACUCACAGCUUUCGACUCCAGCAAGAACAUCAAACACUUCUUCUGCUCGAAUUGCGGUACCGGCCUUCUCUCUCGCUGCAUCGGCUCAGGUGCUGUGGAAUGGCUUGUACAUACAGGCACGCUGGAGCAGGGCGACGCAAGCAUCUAUCGAUUGGAUGCGCACAUCUUCGUGGAGGAUACUCUGGAUGGAGGACUGGCAAACUUCUUAACCGAAGUAGACGGCCGCCGUGUUAAGCGUCAUGCUCCGUACUUCGACAGCGAAGAGCUCCCCUUGGGCUGGACAGCUUCAGAUCGACCAGAGAUACAGAAGCCAGGGCCUGACGAACGACUCCAUGGCUAUUGCAAGUGUGGCGGUGUAGAGUUCUGGCUGGCACCACCUUCCGCCAGUUCGUCAGCAGGAAUACACAAGGACGACGAGUUUCCGAAAGAUCGAUACAUUUCGUCCGAUGACGAAGUGUUCUGGAUGACAGACAACCAGACCAAAUAUCAGGCCGCACUAUGUCCUUGUGACUCCUGCCGUCUUGCUGGUAACGGACAGCCAUUUGCACAGUGGGCGUACGUUCCCACAGGCGCAGUCUUAAUAGAUCCUGCUGGGAACGUACCGAUCCCAGACAAUCUACAAUGGGGUACGCUCAAGUCAUGUCGCACUGCCAACGCUUCGCAACACUUCUGUGGACGCUGUGGCGCCAUUGUGUUCUGGAACUUGGACGCCAGAUCAUAUCUCAAAGACUUUGGCGUGGGGCUUUUUGAUUCGCCAGAUGGAGCAAGAGCUGAAAGCUGGUUCCACUGGCGGACCGCAGAGCUUCGACAUCGAGAGGAUGGACUGAGGAGGGCCAAGGAGUUGACCCUUGCUGUUGAAAAGGGUCUGAAGGAGUAUGAGGAGAAUGUGCAGAGCAACAUCGGCACGGAGUAA